UCGGAGGCAUAUUGGCCAGUAAAAAAGACAACAGCAACCAUCCGGAGAUGGAAAUUGAUCCAAAAAUGCUGCAGGGGGCGGGCGGCGGCGGACAGUCUGCUGAGAAGCAGAAGGAGGCGGCUGCGCAGCGGGAGGAGAUGAAGAACAGCAUGCUGUCCAGCCUGCUGGACCAAAAGGCGCGAGCACGGCUGAACACGAUCCUAUUGGCGAAGCCGGAGAAGGGCGCCCAGCUGGAGGCGAUGCUGGUGAACAUGGCGCGCUCCGGUCAGAUCCAGCAGCGGCUGACCGAGCCGGAGCUGGUGGGCCUGUUGGAGCGGGUCAGCGAUUCCGUCCAGGGCCGCGCUACCGGCAAGGUCAAGUUCGACCGAAGGCGGGCGGCCCUGGACUCGGACUCGGACGAGGACUACUAGCGCCGCCGUGACCGGCUCUCUGGCGUCACCUGUGUUCUCAUCUUUGUGGCGCUGUCGUGUCACGCCUCGGGACAUGGCGCCUCGACCGGCCACGCCCCGUGUCGCCGCGGGGAUCUGGCCUGACCUGACCUGACCUGACCUGUGGGCCUGGGCGUCGGAGUGUGUGUGGUCUGAGCGGGGGGCGGGUCCUGCCUGCGGUCCUGCGGGAGGGCGGGUCUUGCCCACCACGUUCGGGCGGGGAGAGCACGGACGCGGACCGUGUGUCGGCGGUUUUGUCACGGGAGCUAGCGCGGUUUCCCAAGUCACGUUGAGACCGCUGCUGCGGAGAUGAAGCUCCCGCGGGGAUUGAGCCUGGCGAUGGCGUCGAAGGGAUUUUUGACGCGGGCAGGGUGUGGUUGCCCUGCCGUUGCCGUAACACGCUUUGUAUUUCAUCGCGUUUGAUACUGACCUGGUAAUACACAAGGCCACUGCAUG